GCCAGCAGAUUCUUAACAUAAUUUCUUUCAAAAAUACAGACCUUACAUGUGUCUUAAAUACAUAUAUUUGUAAAUAUAAGAAAUAUUUCAAACAAAUCAUUUACUUAAACUCAGUUCUCUGUCUAUCUGCAAUAACAGUUUUCCCCAGAAUGAAACAAAUAAACAAACGAACAAAAACUACAAAGAUUUCAGAAUUUGCCACUAUGUGCAUGUUGCUCCUUGUUGCAUGUUUCUAUUCAGUGUACCCGACCUACUCAAAGUACAUGCAUUUCAAAUCUACUGAUCAGGAAACCUCUGGUGAUUUUCACACGUGACCAGUCUUAAAGCAAAGCCUAGGUGACUUCAUUGUCUUGUAUUUCCAUUUUCCUUUGUUCUAAUGCAUUGAUUCACUGAACAUUUUCAUUCAAGGUAAAAACACCAGAGUAUUAUUUUGAUCAUUUGCCUUGCAAAUAUUGCCUACAGAUAACAAAAAAAUGUAAAAGUGAGUAUCUCUCACCAUCGUUUGACAUGCAGUAAUUGCACCCAGUGCAUCUGAACGUUAAGUAGUGCUAGGAAAUUGGUAUUAUGUUUUGAAGACAUGGAUGCCAGCGAGUUAUACGCAUUGGAGACUUGUCGUAAAGAUAUCAGUAAUAAUUUGUUGGUGACUGAUGCCGUCCUACGACGACUGGAAAGCACUGAAGUGAUCUCACAUCGGGACAGGAAGUGUCUAAUGAGAAUAAGACAAAGUGCAAAGCGAAACACCCAGCUUGCAGAAAUAAUGCGCAAAAAAGAAAAUGGUUUCGGUGCUUUAACAGAAGCGCUGAUGCUAGAGAGAAACAUUAAUCAGUACUGUGUUGACAAAAUGUUCAAAAUGGCGAAACACUACAAACAGCAGCACAAGCUCAGAGAACUCAGAGACACCGAUCUUACCACUGAUGGGAAACCAUUCAAAGAGUCCAAAAAAUCUCCCAAACCCUCAGUCGUGUUUGAAAGCUUCUACAAUGCCACUGCUCCAUUGGUUUAUGGCACAGACAAAGCGAAUCAGCUGGGGAAAAACGAGAAGCAGAACAGUGACAGAAAUGAUAUUGUUAAAGCACUCAAACGCUGCAGAAUCUUAUUGGACCCUAAAGAUGAACACUCGGAUAUUUCAUUGGAAGACUUGCAAAGUAAAUAUGUUCAGAAAAAAGUACAGGCCAUUACUGAUGAUCUUCGAAUGGAAAGAUCAUCAUGGAAGAAAAAGUUUGACAAUCUUCAAGCCGAAAAUGAUGAACUCAUGACAAAAGUGGAAGAGCUUGAAAAUGAGCUGGAACAUGAACGUGAAGGAAAAGACAAAAUAAUUCGAGAGACUGUGGACAGAAUUGUUAAAGAAAGGCUCAUUCGUUUGUAUCCAGUGGAUACCAGAACCUCUUCCAAACCCAGUGUGACCAUCAAUAUUCAUAACCAUGGUCAUUUCCAAAUGGGUGGGGCCAAUGCCAUGGAAAUGGAUCCAGACUCCACAUCAGAAUCUGACCAAUCAGAAAAGUUAGACAGUGGAAAAGAGGAUAUCGCUGAAUUCUCCGGUCUAGCAGAUAGUGUUCUGCAUUAAAUAUACAUAUUCAUAUUUACAUGUGUGUGUAUCGAUAUAUUUCUGUGUCUAUCUACCUUAUCUAUCUAUCUAUUGUCCAUUUAUCUGUCUAUGUGUGUAUAACACUGUCAUGAUGAAUUGUAGAGAAUUCCCUACUUUAUCUAUUAUCUGUCUGUGUAACACUGUCAUGAUGAAUUGUGGAGAAUUCACUACUUUAUCUAUUAUCUGUCUGUCUGUGUGUGUGUUAACACUGUCAUGAUGAAUUGUAGAGAAUUCACUACUUUAUAUAUUAUUUGUCUGUCUGUCUGUCUGUCUGUGUGUAACACUGUCAUGAUGAAUUGUAGAGAAUUCACUACUUUAUCUAUUAUCUGUCUGUGUGUAACACUGUCAUGAUGAAUUGUAGAGAAUUCACUACUUUAUCUAUUAUCUGUCUGUGUGUAACACUGUCAUGAUGAAGUGUAGAGAAUUCACUGCUUUACAUGUACCUAUUAUCUGUCUGUGUGUGUGUAACACUGCAUGUCAUAUGAUGAAUUGUAGAGAAUUCACUUUUUUAUCUAUUUAUCAUCUGUCUGUGUGUAACACUGUCAUGAUGAAUUGUUUUUUAGAUUGUGUAAAUAAUGAUAAAUAUUGUUUUAGUAACAUAACUAGAUUAUUCAGUGAUCUUGUCUAAUAUUGAUAUUGCCAUGCCUUGAUUAUUUCAAAUCAUUUAUUGACAUUGUUAGUAGACUGUAUUUUCACUAUUUCGCUAUUAUCUCCCCUUGGAAAGGUGUGUGGCCCUUCAUUUUAUCAAACUUAAAUCCCCUUCACCCAAGGACGUUUUGUGCCAAGUUUGGUUGAAAUUGGCCCAGUAGUUCUGGAAAAGAAGAUUCUUAAAAGUUGUUUAUGCAUUUUCACUAUUUCGCUAUUAUCUCCCCUUAGAGAAGGACAUGGCCCUUGAUUUGAACAAACUUGAAUCUCCUUCACCCAAGGAUGCUUUGUGCCAAGUUUGGUUGAAAUUGGCCCACUGGUUCUGGAGAAGAAGAUGAAAAUGUGAAAAGUUUACGACGGCUACAACGCCAACAACGACGGACAAAUUUCAAUCAGAAAAGCUCACUAGAGCUGAGCUAAAAUUAGGAAUUGACAGGGAAAAUUAGGGCUUUUUUGUAGGAUUUCCCCUUGAAUUUAAUAUUUUUAAUUUUUUUUACCAAAAUUUAAAAAAAGAGGAUUUUUUAAAGGAAUUUUAGGGCUGCUGAUAGCCUGCUCUUGCUAAAUAUAUAUACCCAAUUUUAUGGAAAAACCACUAAAUAUGUGUCUUGUUAAAAAUUCCCAUUAUACUGUCUUAGGAAUCUAGUUAAUAAUGUCUUAGUCACCACACUGGACAGCCAGAAUCUGUAUUUCUGAAGAAUCAGCCUUAAUACUGUUAUUAUUUGUUACACUACCAAGAACGCAGAGGUCAGCCUCACUAUACUAAAUGUUUUAUUAUCGCAAUAGAUGUACAAUUUUUCAGAGAUAUUAUUUAUCCUGUGCUGCAAAAUAAACUGUUUUACUAAC